AUGUUUUCUCACAUUUUCUUGUAAUGGACACACUAGAAGAAUCAUCUUCCAUAGCAUUUCAUUCUUCUAUUUGCUUGCAUGAUUGGUUUUCCUUCAAGUCACUAGAAGAGUUGUAAACAGAUUUAUACUCAACAUCUCAUAGCUUCCUUAGCUACCUUCUAUUUUCUUUGGCACUUGUAAAAGAAAUGGCUGUUCCAAAAGUGAAUGAAAAGUUGAUUGAAGACCUUGAAGAAAUGGGAUUUCCACAUGCAAGGGCAACAAGAGCACUCUAUUAUUCUGGCAACACCAGCUUAGAGGAUGCUAUAUCUUGGAUGGUUGAUCAUGAGAAUGACACAGAUAUUGAUGAGAUUCCAUUGGUAGAUGUAGACAUUGAUAUUGAUACCUCUCCAUCAUUCCCUAUUACAGAAGAAAUGAGAAUGAAAGCACAGUAUUUAAGGGAACAAAUGCGCGAGAGGAAAAAGAAUGAAGAAAAAAUAAUGGAAAGAGAAAGGGAAAAGGAGAGGAUUCAAUCAGGUAAGAAACUCCUUGAGGCAAAGCGGAUUGCAGAAGAAAAUGAAAGAAAACGGAAUUUAUCCUUGAGAAAAGCAGAAAAAGAAGAAGAACAAAGAGCUAGGAGUGACAUCCUCAAGAAGCUAGAGCAGGAUAAGUUAAAUAGAAGGUCUAUACUUGGAUUACCUUUAGAAAGUCAAGCAAAUGUGAGAUCACCAGCCAUUGUGAUAAAGCAAGAAAAGAUUUCAAAGCCUGUUUAUACAACCACAAAAGUUGAGCACUUAAGAGAAUGUUUGAGGUCUCUCAAGCGUGAACACAAGGGUGAGGAUGCAAGAAUCAGAAGGGCCUUUGAAACACUUCUAGUGUAUGUUGGAAAUGUUGUCAAGAAUCCUAAUGAAGAAAAAUACAGGAAGAUUAGACUGAGCAAUCCAUUAUUCCAAGAUAGAGUUGGAAGUUUAUAUGGAGGUGUAGAGUUUCUUGAGCUAUGUGGUUUUGAGAGAACGGGUGAUUUCUUGUAUCUUCCUAGUGAAAAGGUUGACAUGGAACUACUAAGUUCAGCUGGUUUUGUCUUAAAUUCUGCAAUGACAAAUCCUUACUUUGGACUUUUAAGUACUUGCUAACUCAUUAUUAUUGAUUUAGUUUUGAAAGUGGAUUAUUACAUUGGCAUGUAUAAUGUUAAAUGAUUCUUUUGACUGAAUGCAUAGUUAAAUGUUGCAAUAGAGUGAAUGCAACUUUUUUUUUUUACUUAA